AUGUCGCUGACACUGUCUAUACAUCCAAUGUGCGAUACGCUGGACAUGUAUGGGUCACCAGAUCCGAACUCAGCAUAUUCACUGUCUGGAGUCGUCUCGAUUGCUGUCUCUUCACCGUACUCUAUCUUCGAAGGCCGCAAGACGGCUCGACUAUUGCUUCAAUCGCUGUCGAUAACCUUUGAAGGACAAUCGGAAAUCUACACCCCCAACACCGGAUACUCUUCAGUUCGCCUUUGCUCCAUCACGCGUGAAUUGGCACCUGAAGAACCUGUUGAACUGUCCAACGAGGGCCACGAGGACGAUGAGCUCCCUUGUAAAUGGGACGUAGUCUUCAACCUCGCCACGCCCGGGUGGCUCCCUGCUUCCACUUAUAUGGGAAUUGAAGAUAUCGGCAUUCGAUAUGGUCUAUAUGCCACCGCCAAAUUCAUCAACCUGGAGACAGAACAACCUACAACAUUUUCACUCGCAUCGCUCUGCACACCCUUCCGAUCCCGCAUUCGAUCUGCAGAGAGUAGCAGGCCGAUAACCGUCCGCCGUUUUGUCCUUCCUCCACAUAUCGAGCAGCCAGAGCCCACCUUCAUCAACUACCUCGUCAAGUCUCGGACAGCGAGUAGAGAUGACGCCAAGGCGGGGAUUCCUGCAGAGAUCUUGUCGAAGAUCCAAGUGUUAGCGUCGGUUCCCGAAACCGUCAGUACGGAGGAAACUAUCAUGCCCGUCACUAUUCGACUGAGGACGAAGGAUUUGGAGUCUGUCGAAUGUAAGCGACUGCAAGUCACGGAGAUUGGCAUUGACAUGAUCCAACAAGAGCGGUGCAGGCAUAGACCUUCUUCAAGUUAUCUUGCUCGAUAUCCCCUUCCCCCACGAGAGAUGCAACCUCCCAAUUUACCGCUUCGCGAUCCCCAUCCGAUGAGCAACAUCUACGAUGUUGGCCUUUAUGUCACCAAAGAGCACUCUGAAUCCGUUUGUCGAAGCUUCACGUUGCUGCCUGCCGGAGAAAGUGGGAAAUAUAAACUUGCCGAUAACAACUACGCAUUCGCCAACGACGCCGACCAAGGGAGUAACCCGACAUGGUUCACUAUGGAGACCCGAGUUCCAUUUUGCCAUGUCAGCCGGGCCAAAAAUGACAUCGAGGUUGAGGAGUGGGCGGGUCCUGCCGUCAUUCGGCCAAGUUCAUCGAGCCCUUUGUUCAGCAUAUCGCAUGAAAUCUCACUCUCUCUGACCUUCACAUACGACAUGCCCGGAUCCACCGAGAAAGCAAAGGAGAGGCUCAACUUCGCGGUGCCCGUGUGUUUUGGCCAGUACCUCCCUUCAUCCGCCUCGAUUCCUGGAUCUCCUCAAGUCGAAGGACGGAAUGGUCGUUCCGCAAGUUCCCUGACGCUUCCACCCUAUUCUCAACUUUAUGACUCCAACGGGGAGAGGAAGAUUGAUUAUUCGAUUCCCCUGCCUAGAUAUACGCCCAAAGAGGAGCACGCAGCCAACACCGGCGAUUUGGCGCUAGAGACCUCGACAUCUUCUGGCGAUAAAGCAGAAUCUCAGCUUCCCAUAGGGGAGGAUGUUCCCCUGCUGGCGCUAUAA